AUACUGGGUGUCAAAAAAAACUAAACCGUUUAUCGGCGCCGCGCGUUUAAUGUAUUCGUUUCAUAUUAUAAUGAAUUAUGAAUUUAUGUUUUAGUUCUACACACUAUUAGUUUCAUUAAUGUAGAAUAUAUAAUAUAACUGAAUAUAAAUAAUCAUCACUGUGUUUGCUGUGUACAGUCAAAGUGAAAAAUGUUUUUACGUAUUCUAACCUAUUAAAUCCUGGUUACGGCUAAUAGUUUAACUAAAUACAAAUAAAAUUGAAGUACCAAAAUAUAAAAUUUAGCAAGCAUUAUGCAGAAAUUACAAGAGAGUGUUUUUUCUAUUGUUAAAACAACAAAUUUAUCUCCAGCAGUGUUUAGUUUUUUACAACCGUCAGAAGAUUCAUCAGAUAAAACUCCAUUGGGUGGUAUACUAAAUGAUGCUCGUCAUGGAUGGCUUGCUUUGGGGCACAAAUUCUGCAUAGUGGACUUGAAAUCUGGUCUUAAAGUUGCAGCUAAAACAUUUGGAGCUCCAUACAGCAAUUCUCGGAUAACAGUCACCAGUGUUAUUGAGCUGCCUAUACCUUUAACAGAUAACUCAAAACAACUUAUCAUUAGUCUAUGUGAAGAUCAAACCAGUAUCAUUUGUAUUUUUCACAUAAAUGGCUCUCAAAUGUUACGAUGCAUACAAACUGAUUCAGUAGUCACAGAACUUGCUGUAUGCGAUGAAAUGCCUGAUGGGCCCUUAACUAGUUUUGAUGGGAUUGUUAUGGCUGGUACUAGAAGUGGAGAGAUCUUUGCUUUUGAUCUCAAUAGAGCUGGUCUUAUUCAAGCUUUAAAAGAUAUUUCUCAAGGAUAUGAACACCUUAUUCAGAAUGAGAAUAAUCCAGCGAAUCUUACCUUCUUGCCGUUGAAUGCUAUCCAAUAUAUUGAAGAGCAAAGAGAUCUUGCGUUAGAAAACUGUAAUCAUUUAGCUCUUUUACUCAAUGAGACUUCUUUAAUGGAUAGAGAGUAUUUGUUCUGUAACCCAGAUGGGACAGUUCACAUGAAAGCUAAGAGGGAUCAGGUUAGAGUCACAGUACUGCAGUACAUACCACAGUUGGGCAGUUUGGCAGUCGGUUACAAUUUUGGUGCAUUUCAAAUUUGGAAUAUAUUGAGUUUAGAAUUGGAGUUUACUUCACAAGUUAAUGUUGAAUGUGUACCUGUUACACAUUUUGGUUUUCAGGAGCCAUGUGAUGAUCCUAGGGCUUUUUGUUACCUAUGGGUAGUGUACUCUGCUUUGGAGAGGUUUGAAGAAGAAGAAUUUCCAUUGGCUGUUAUGUAUUCCCUCACUUAUCAUGGCAAGAGGAUGCUGUCAGACACCAAGUGUCUUUAUCAAGAAUUUUCAAUGGCCUCGAUAAGAUUCCAAGUGGAAUUGACAGCAAUGGAAGACACCAGACAUUUAAUAGGUGGCAAAUGUGUCUCUUGUCAUACUUAUUCCAUCAAUUCUACAUUGGGAUCCGAAGGAGAAGAAAGUAUGUUAAACAUUUGCCAGCUGGUUUGGGAGUGUUGGGGAGAGACCACAAACUCUUCACAAUAUGGAAUGCUUCUGUUUGAUCUUGAUCAAUGGUAUAAGGACCAAAUGCCAGAAACGUACCGUCUGCAAAACAAUCCGUUCAUGUCGGCGACGUGGUGCACGGAGUUGACGGGCGCGUGCCUGUUGGACGCGCACAUGUCUCCGUCGUCGGUGGCCGCGUAUACUCACUGCACUCGGCUGGAGGAACACUUCUAUCCUAACUCGCUACAAUACCAGUGUAUAUGCCUGACGACGUCGGAGUCCUGCGUGUUGGGUACGGUGGGGAUCCAGCGUCAGAUAAUCAGCUCCCUAGACUCGACCGGUCCCACCGCGUUACUGAACCCCACCAGGCUUUACCGCGCCUGUCUAGCGGCGGGACUCACGCCUCUAUACACUUACCACCAAGGCCGGGACCCCACGCAGGAGGAGCAGCGCAGAUUCCUGCUGUCAGUGGCGCUGGAGGGGCGGCUGUCGCGGCUGCUCAAGUGCUGCGCCCACGACUGGGCCACGGGGACGCACGCCGGCGCUGGCUGUACAUUACCAUUCCUGGUGGAUUGGUGUUGGCAACGCGCUGUAGAGCUGAAGGAAAAUGCUAAAGAACUUACUGCACCAUUGUUUUCGUCUGCUGCUUUACCUGACAGAAAUGUAGUGAGAUGCUUGGAACAUUGUGUUCAGCAGUUGACUCAGCUCACUGGUCUUCUGGAUGCUAUACUCACUAAAUGCUGCAACCUGGUAGUUCCUGAUGCUCUGAGUGAAAUGGAAGAAAAGUACAAGGGCAUCGGCACGGUAUCCCUGUAUUUCCAAGUAGUUCAGUGGUUUCUGCGUGUGGGCCUGUUGCCUGAGAGGUAUGACGGGUUCGAUGCCGCGCCAUAUCCCGCUGAACAGCUCUACGCCAUUUAUAACAAGAGGAGACUUAAACUUCAGAGGUUACAAGACAAUUCACCAAUAGACGAUCCACCCACUAAACCUUGUUCGCUUCUUUACAUUGAUCAAUUGAUAGAAAAUGAAUUUGGUGGGGAGAAGAUUCAUCAGAUGUGGAUUAGAGGCGGCAGCAAAUGUAACGGACUGUACCCUCCCCCGUCACUGUACUCUUUGCUGCGACUGUACCUCUUGCCGGAUAUCGCAGAGGAACAUAAACACUCACUAGUUCUGUACUUACUGGUCGACUACUCUGUGUUAUACGACCAAGUGCGAUAUGAAGCUGUGAUUCGUCGACUGAUGCAAUUCCCCACAAUGUUUGGGCUCAGCAACACUGCUAUUAAAGCUACACAGGCAUUCUGGCACCUUGAUCACAGGGAUUUCGAUUUCGCAUUAGAUCAACUGCAAUGUUUAACUGGCAACACACUAUCGGAAUGGCAACACAACGUAGUGCUAUCUUCGCUGUUGGCUCAGAGGAAGACUCAAGCUGCCCUCCAAUACUUGCACGUUAGGAAACCAGCCCCGAUUCAGAUUAAGGAGGAGAACUCCAUAAACAAAAUAAACGAUCACGAUAAGCUGGACGAUUGGCAAUCGUGCUGCAGUUUAUAUUUAGCCAGGGGUCUGUUAUUCGAAGCUCUGGACGUGGUCAGAAUGUGUGUCCAUAACGCUGGCAGUUUGGAUGAUAAAGUUCAAGUGCUCAAUUUCUUCUUCAAAGGUUGCCGUAAUUCCGGGCAGUUGUCGAAGAUUUUACAAGUGACGCUUUUGCCUUUGGAAGAAGAGGUGUUCAUAAAAUAUUUAAAGAACUGUAAUGAAUCCCAGACUUCUGAUAUUCUCGUCAUGUACUAUUUGCAACAAGCUAGAUAUAUAGAAGCUGAACAGUAUAACAACAAGAUUCGUCAUAGUAGAGUCAGAGGCAAAGAACCCUCGGGAUCUGUAGAGUCGUUAGCUGAUGUGUUGGACAGAGAAAACAUUAGAGAUACUAUAGUGGAAGUUGCAUGCUCGUCGCUGCCGGCCGUCGCUAGAUCUGUACGCGAUUUUGUACUCUGUGAUAAAGACAUAGAGCCGCAUGUAAUUGCUCCCAAACCGAUGUCUGUGUUUGUCCAAGCAAGAUCUCCUAAAAACACUUUCACAUACAAAUCAUCAUUUAUACAGGAUACGAUAGAAAACGCAAGUGAGACGUGGAUAAAUAAACCUAAAUUGAAGAGAGGUCUCAAGCGAGCGUUAAAUGUUGAAGAAACUCCAUUCAUCUGUACGCCCAAAUUAAAUCGGCAUAGAAGCAUAUUAGCUGAUCAACUGGCCGAUGCGACACCACCAAAACGAGCUAAAUUGGACCUUAAUUCUACACCGAAAACUCCUAAAUUCGGUAGCGCAGUGAAAUUGAAUGAAACCCUUAGCAAGCAAUUAUCUAUUCUAUUGGACAUGCCUGAAGUUCAAAGUCCUGAAUGUAUACAGUAUAUGGAACGAUCCGGCGCUGAAACCCCACACAGUAUCCUGAAGACACGUCGAGGUGAUGUGAGUCGGGAGGCUGUAUCACCCGUAGAUUCCAGGUACUUGGGCGACAGUGAAGAUGAAAUACUGGACACUUGCAGUAAUCAUACGCAUUACAGUGACUCUGCCAAGCAUUUGAGGUUUACGAUUCCAACUGCAUCGGAAUCUGGAUCAACGCCAUCCCCACUUACCGCGUCCGCACUUCAACAACACGAGACAGAGAGGGAAAAUAUCGAAUCCGCUGUGAAGGUAAAGGAUGACACUACCGCCACUACAGAUUCCCAUCUCAUAGACCAAAGUCACCCUCUAGAGUCACCACCCAAAAAAUUAGCUACUGAAGCUUUAGUGAUGACCAGAAAGUCGUAUAAAGAUACUGUGAAAGCAAGGCGUUCAUUAUCAAUAUCGGCAAACAGCAGCCUUUCUGAUGACCCAAACACUUCGAUAGAGAGUAUAGCUGAUAUUCCCAUCACUCUAAUCAAUCCACGUUACUCAGCUGAAAAGAGGAAAGAAGAGAGAGAUAUUGGAAAAAGAGACGGCUCGGUUGUAGAUACGAAAGAGACAGAGUCAGUUGAGAAACAAUCAGUAGAGGAUGACCAAGCUAGUUUAGAAGUAUCGGUACCGACUACUCCUAGAGGAAGGAGGGCGAUCAGAUCUAUUGGAGGACAAAGCACUCCUUUGACGACUAGAAACAGAUCGCGUACUCCAGAGAGGAAAGUGUUAGAAUCACCCAGAUUGGAAGCAAUAAUAGAAUCUCCUACAAAGUCUUCCAACACUGAUCCAUCUUCUUCCCCUAGUAGACGCAGUCUGAGGAGUCGUUCCCGCACGCCUGAAGUAGAAAUACAAGCUGAACAAACUAGACUUGCUAGUCCUCGGAGUUUGAGGAGCCGAGCUAAAACACCAGAGAAAGUAAUGUCACCUAAAGUUGAACACAGUGCUAAAGGCAAAAAAUCACUCUCAAGAAUAGUGUUAGAAGCAAAUACUUUUGCCAAAUCCAAAAUUAAUUUAGAGCAAAGUGAGCAAGAAGAUACUGAGCCAUGUGAGAAAAGACAAAGUGCCUUAGAAUGUACUCCCAUGAAGACUAUAAAACAAGUUCAAAGUUUGAUGGAUGUUACGCUUUCACCUAUUGUAAACAAAUCUGUAUUGCAGAGUUCUACAGACAGUACUUUAUCUGAAACUAUGGUCAAAGAAACAACAAAAGCAGACAACGAAAGCAUCGCCGAAAUAGGUUUGAAAUCCCUACCCGCGUUUACGACUAUUCAUGAGAUUGAUUAUGAAAAGUCAGUUUUAAGAAGUUAUCAAAGCAGUGUAGCAGACUCUUCUCAAAGUGUGCGGCAAGAUAAAAUGGAUGUCGGUGAUAGUUCUACGAAUGCUAGUUUGAAAUCUACACCAGCAUUCACUACAAUAAAUGAAUUAGGAUUGAAAUCAGUGUUGAAUAGUUAUGAAAGUAGUAUUGCUGAAGCAUCACACAGUAUUCAAGAGGAAAUUCAUACUAAAAUGGUUGAAGAUAGUGGAUUAAAACAGUUCGCAUCUUUCACGGAAAUCGUAGAGAUUAACAUUGAAAAAUCUGUCCUACGGAGCUGCGAAAGCACUGUGGCAGAAUCAUCACAAGAAGGCGAUAUACCUGAUAUCAAGGAUUCAAAUAAUUCGGCUCUAAAAGAUAUUUCCUUAAUAACGAACGAUAGCGAUGUUGAAAUGAAAGUUGAAGAAGUUUGGAAGACCAAUAUUGAUAGCCAAGAAACAGCAUCUGUGAUACAAAAGGAGAAAGAGAAAAUCGUUGAUAUAGAACGGGAGAUUAAUGAACUGGAAGGUGAUAUGACAGAUGAUACAGCGGGUAAUGAUAGUACUUCCGGUGAUGAAGAAAUAAUGGAGGCACCUGAACGUGAUCAGUCAAAUGACGAAACUUCUGAAGAGUCUUCAGCUGAAACCUCCGAGAGUGAUGAAGAAAUAAUAUCUAUCCAAGACACAGAAUCAGACGACACGUCUGAUUCCGAGAUGAGACUUCGUAUUGAUGAAGAUCCAAUGUCUUCCGAAGGGGAGAAACAAGAUACUGGAACGAAUACAGAAGCAGAAACCAACGCUGAAAUACAUAUCGCGACUACUGACAAAGAAACUCCUGUUGAAGAAGCAGCACAACUAGAUCCAUUAGAUAACGCUCAGCUGUCGAUAAUGACUGACGAUAAUUCUGUAACAGAAUCUGAAAGGUCGGAAAUGAAAAAGCCAGAUACCAGUGAUGUCAAGGAGGUUACUGAAAAUGUUCCUAUGGAAACAGAACCAUCAGUUCAAGCGAUCAUUGCUGUUCAGGAAGUUGCCACGACACUUGACACAGAAAAUGUUGGGGCUAUCGUUUCUCAAGAUAUUGACGUCAUUGAUACUGUUACUGUUAAAUCUACAGAUAAUAGUGGGGCUGCCGAAACGAAACUUGAAUUGGAAUCUAAUACAGAUAUUUCCGUAAAAACACGGCAAGAUGUUAAAGAGAAAGAUUCUGAAAAAGUCUUACAUUUGAAACCAAAUAUCGAAAUAGAAGCUAAAAUAAUGAUGCAAAAUGAAGUCGCGUGUCAAAAAACAAAAAAGGAAACAAAUAUUGAAAAUAAAGAAAUACAAAUAGAUUUACAAAAGGAGCAGGAUACUCUUGAAAUCGAAGCUAAAAAAGAAAGUGCCAUUUCAAAAUCUGAACAAGAAAUGCAGCCGCAAAAAGAAAUGGAAGACAAACCUGAAGCUAAAGUAGAGGAAGAAUCCAAACCAGCACAAAGAACAAGAAAACGUGUAAAAUCCUCUUCCUCCAAUCAAUCGAUGACUGAGCCCAAAUUAGAAGAUAUCGAACCUCAAACUCCAGUCACAAGAAAACGUACUCAGUCAAACGCUUCUAACAAAUCAGUUGAGCCUGAGCAAAAGACGCCCGAAAAUGAUACUAGUACAACAAGAAGACGCGCAAAGACACCUACUAGCACAGAAGUGAGAAAGAUCAUAACACGACGAGCUUCCAAAGAAAUAUCUGAAAAGAUGGAUGACUCAAAAGAGAUUCAGGAUGAUUCUAUCGCGGCUACACCUAAAAGGCGAUAUAGUAGGGUCAAAUCUAAGAAUGAUGACAACGAAAGUAUCGCUUCAGAAAGUUCUGCGAUAUCGACGCGAAGUAAAGCUAGCGAACCUAUUGAUAUAAAGCCAGCUCCGAUAAGAAAGGGACGGAAAUCUAUCUUGACUACAAAGCCAGAUUUGUCAGUGAUCCCUGAGAUGAUAGUGGAAGAAGAGUCUAAAGGAACUGAAGAUCUCAUUAAGGAUUAUUCAAGCUCUAGAAGACUGACCCGUCACCAGAAGGCGGUGUUGGAGUCGUGGUUGGAGCCGGACAGUUCCCCGCGCGCGUCCCCCCUCCCGCGGCCCUCGUCCCGCGCCUCCCCGCUGCCCCUCCCCCGGCCCGCGUCCCGCGCGCGCCGCCUCAGCUCCCGUGCGUCAGACCUCUCGCACGACGAUGACGACGCAUCCUCCACCACUUCCGCCUUUGACGUCCAGCCCAUCGACAGAAUCAGCCUUCUCAACAAGCGAGACUUCGAAGCGCGAUUGGGUCGAGCAGCUUCGGAGACAAAAUCAACACCGAAAACUGUCAAAUCAAUGAGAAGAAUGUCGGUUGAUGUGGCGGAGAGUCCGGACCGUGGAUCACCAGUGGUGGGCAGUCCCGCACGGGGGCGACGCGCCUCCUUCAACAAGGCGUGUGAGGCUCUACACACCCCUAAAACCAGGAGACAAUCCACUGACACUAGGAAAGAGACUGAAAGCCCGCAAGAUUCACCUGCGCCGUCUGAAGCAGAGGGGACUCCUGCACGUCGUACACGUCGCGCCGCGUCCACGCAAUCGAACACCAGUCAGACUAAAUCGGAUACUGGCAAAAGGUCAAGGAAAACUGUAUUGGAUGAAAGUAGUAAAAAGUAAAUAUAAUGUAAAUUAUUAUUUUGAUUUUCUUUAUUGAACUUUAAAUAGGUUUCAAGUGUUUUUGCAUUUAUUUAAUAAAAUGUGAUUUG